AUGGCUGCGGCGACCUCUUCUACUGUCUACCAAUUCGAGCACAACAACACAUGGUUCGAAAAUCUCGUUGUUAGUUCUGUCAGCGACAUUCUGGCCACAAGUUUAGACGUGCCAGAGUCGUGGCUGAUUGAACCUGCCACAGGCAAAGGCCAAGCUCUCGUCACUAUUACCGGCGUUCUUGGUACCAUCGGCAUCACCGAACCCGCCCUGGAUAUUUUCGUUUUCAGGGCCGGAAACCUCAGUAUCAGCCCCUUGGAUGUCGUGUCUGGUUCAUUGAGACUCUUUUCAUUGGAUCUCUCGAGGAAAGACCCCGAAGUUGAACUCAUCACGUCGAUGCCGGAUGCAGUCUUAAUCAACGGCAUAACAUCUUGGAGCGCAAAAGAGGUUUUGGUUACCGACACAAUUCUUGGAGCGAUAUACAAAGUCAACACGGUCACCGGGCCGUAUGAGACAUCGCUCUCGGGACCUGAUUUUGCCGGUGCGAACGGAGUCAGUGUGCAAGAUGGAUAUCUUUACUACACCAGCUCAAGCAACCAGACGCUGUCUCGCGUGCUGGUCAACAGCUAUACCAUUCCAGGCCCGAUGAAGGUCAUCUACAGCGGAACACCCGUGGACGAUUUCGUUCUAGCACCGGAUGGAACCGCCUGA